GCCAGUGAUAGAAUAUACAUGCACACGGUAGCCUCGAGGCAUGGUAAAAAUACAAAGCGGUGCCGGCGGCUUAGAAUGGGCCGGGUGGUGUUUGGGUGAACUCUAUGUACAAUAGGGAGGAGAGGGGGAUGGAUGUAGGACUUGAAUGAUUUUUUGUUCUUGAGUUGCAUUGUUCUCCAUGGUGUACAAACAAAGGGAAAACAGGGGAACUGAUGGAUGUGAUAGAAUAGGCGCCCGAAUUAUUAUGAACGGUUUGGUUCCGUAGCUUGUUAGCGAAGGAGAUCGCUUUCUGGAGACUUUGGGGGUGACCGGUGACCAUUGUUACUUGAUUCUUAGCUUCCUCCUUUUCUUCUUAAAUUUCUUUUCUACCUUUUAGUUCACGAUAAACUUGCGCGCUCCAAGUUUUCAUUUUGUACCACGACCCAUCCACGAUUUUUUUUUCACAGCAGUCCAAUGGAUCAGCACCAACACCAACACCAACAGCACAUAACCGAUGAUCAUAACCAAAAUCUCGGACAUGCAAGUCCUUAUGGAUUCUAUCCAGCCGAGCAAGAAUCAUCUUACAGCCUCGCGUACAACCACCACGCGAUGCAGCACCAGCAAUCCUUUCCUGUCGUGCAGCAUCCUAACCCUCAUCAUCCUCGCCAUCUAUCUGCGCCGGACUUGCAUCAAGGCCUGCAGUUCCAUAAUCUUAGCCUCAUGCCCACGCAUCAAACGCAUCAAUAUCCGCCACCCGUGUAUACCUCAUCGCCACAACAUGUGUCAAUGAAUCUGCCUGCUGGCUCACCCCCUCCGCCCUCACCUCACAUGUACGAUCCUUUGUCCCCACCCAUUUCAGGAUCUGACACAUCAGCGGACGGCCUUUACCACCACCAUUCGAGAAACAGCAGCGGGACAGGCUCCCCAUCGUCAUCCCGUGGACCUAGUUUAGUUCAUCGCCAAUCUCUUCGCUACAACCCCACCCCUUCCCCUACCACUAGUUCUUCUGGGCGUCGUGGCCGUGCUCGUUCCUUAAACGACUCAGACGACGAAGACAACAUGGGCGCUACAUACGUGGAGAACUUGGCUCACACCAGAAAGGAGGCAACACGCAGACAACGCAUCGAGGCUGAGCAAAGGCGUAGAGACGAAUUACGCGAUGGCUAUGCCAAAUUGAAGGAUGUCUUACCAGUUUCUAACCAGAAGAGUAGCAAGGUGUCGCUACUCGAGCGAGCUACCAAUCAUAUCAUCUUACUGGACAAACAGACGCAAGAGAUGCAGGCCCGUCUUAUGGUGCUGGAGCAGGAGGUUCAACGCCUUCGUGCCGUAAACGAGAAAAUCUCGCUUGGCACGAGCAGCUCCCCUUCACCGGGAAAUCUUCAUGGUGUUGAUGCACGACCAUUGUCACCUCCCCCUGAGCCUGGAAUGCAAAAUCAUUCUCUGGCUCAUGUUCAAGGCCAACAGCCUCCACGAGAGGAUUCGCGCAGUCCUGCCUCAGAUUACUGAGGUGCUGUGGCUCGGCCAUUUUCAACGGACACUGUUGCCACCCAUUUUCAUCAUUUUCCGCAUCUUGUUUCACUGCAC